CUGAGCAUUUCUCCCGGAGGAUCUGCAGGAUAAUGGAGUCACAUCAUGCAGCAGGUCUCACUGUUUUCAGAAGAGCUUUCAGGCUGGAGCUCAUUUAGACCGGGGAUCUGUAAUUUACUUUAGAGUUUCCUCUCUUUUUUUAAAAAAAAAUCGUAGCACAAGGACUUCUUUCAUAUAUUUUUCUGCGUCAUGUGUUUUUAUGUCGUCUGACUUUUUCCGUGUUUUGAUGUUUAUAUGAGGGGGAUUAACAGGCCCACCAUGGUUUUCCCAACAUAAAUCAACAGUUUCUUACGUCUUAGUGCAGGCUGCCUUCUGUUUACUUAUAACGGGGAAUGAGAGAAGCUCAUUGGGUCUUUUUUAACUACGUUUUCUGGAAACGGGUAUGGGCCAGUUUUUUGCUCCACAAAUGGGUCUUUCGGAGGUGAACGCACGGGAGCCGUGCUGCUUCAGAUGAAGGUUUUUGUUUGGAGGAUUUGCGACAUGGGCUGAGCUCCUGAGGUGACUCUUCUCCUGAAAGCUGUUGAAUUAUCCGAGGAUGGACGACGCAAAACGGAGACGGAUAACAAUUAGCGAAUUAGUUACACUGUAAUUAAAUAUCUUCACCUUGACAGGCGGAAAGCGCGCACGGAACAACACCAGAGCUUUUGAGCGCACCGAAUUCAAGCGUCAGGCAAAUUUCCAAUCUCUAAAUGUGAGGAUUUUAUAGUAGAGUUUGGUGGUUGAGUGAUAUAAUUUGGCGUUUAGAAGUUUUUUUCCCUUUUAAAUGCAAUGACUUAAACUUUAAAUAUUAAAUGACAAUGCGUCUAUUUGCAUGUAGUGUUAAAAUAUGCAGGCGCAUGGAUGAACAAUGUAAAAUUACCUUAGCAGAAUAAAUGUAAAGUCAGCAGAUGUGGUUUUUCUUUCCACGGAAAGUGGUUUUGACCAAAAUAGCCUGUUAGAACUGGAUAUUGGAUUUGUUGGCCUUUAUAUUAUUCCAGUAGUUUGGAGGCAUUUUGUCUAACCCUCAGUUUAAACCACUUUACGCACUCAUUUCUUCAUUUUGGGGUUUUUGAGUCUUUUGAAGAUUUACUGACAAUAGUUUCAGCUAGAUUUCCUCCACGGCCGCCACGAGUGUCUCUCUCCCUCCGUCUCCUCACCGGACAAUGUGGCUACCCCGUCUCGCGCUGCUGCUGCUCCUGCUCCGGUUCUCCGGUGUGUUGCUGGUGGAGGGUUUCAACACGUGCCACUCCAUCAACCUGGACGCGCAGAAGUCCCGGCGCAUCGAGGCGGUCCGCGGGCAGAUCCUCAGCAAGCUCCGCAUCCGGAGCCCACCGGCGAAGGACGAGGACCCGCCGGCUGGCUCGGUGCCCCCGGAGGUCAUGCUGCUCUACAACAGCACGCGGGAGUUGCUGAAGGAGCGCGCGCGUCUGGCCGAGUCCACGUGCGAGCGCGAGAGCAGCGAGGAGGAUUAUUAUGCCAAAGAGGUGCAGAGGAUAGACAUGCUGCCGCCCCGCACCGACACAAAUGCGGUACAGCCAGCAGCCCCCAACCCCCAUUACAGAGUCGUCCACUUUGACGUCAGUGGAGUGGACCUGACCAACAGCACCCUGGUCAAGGCUGAGUUCAGGAUCUUCAGAGCUCCCAACCCGCAGGCCCGGGCCUCAGAGCAGAGAGUGGAGAUCUAUCAGCUGCUGAAGCCAGAUGAAGAGAGCACCUCCACUCAACGCUAUAUUGACUCUCGCACUGUUCAGCCGAAGGCGAAGGGAUCGUGGAUUUCUGUGGAGGUCACAGAAACCAUUAAAGACUGGAUUUCAGAUCCAGAGAAUAAUCUCGGCCUGAAGUUGGGCGUCCACUGUCCCUGCUGCACCUUCGUCCCGUCCACCAACAACAUUGUUCCGAACAAGAGUGAGGAGCUGGAGGCUCUCUUUGCAGGUGUCGACGAUGAGCAUCUUCGUCAGAUAAGAAAGCCCGGUCAGGUUAAAGGUCAGGCAGAUUUCACCACCAAGACGCCACACCUCAUCCUAACGGUGUUGCCCAGUGACAGAGUUGACAAUCCGGCCAAGAAAAACCGCAAGAAGAGGGCGGCCGCCACAGAAACCACAACCUGCUCCCGUGGUUCAGACCAGGGCUGCUGCCUGCGCUCACUCUACAUCGACUUCAGACGGGACCUCAACUGGAAGUGGAUCCACGAGCCCAAAGGUUACAAAGCCAACUUCUGUGCCGGCAACUGUCCUUACCUCUGGAGUGCCAACAACCACUAUAACAUGAUCCUGCCCCUGUACAACAAACUGAACCCUGAGGCCUCCGCCUCGCCAUGUUGCGUGCCUCAGGACCUGGAGCCCCUCACCAUAAUGUACUUCAUAGGCCGCACGCCACGUGUUGAGCAACUCUCCAAUAUGGUGGUCAAAACCUGCAAGUGCCGCUGAGUCCAGAGGAAGAGGUGAGGGAGGAGAAUGAUUACAGGACCAAAACUACAAACUGUUUCGCUCAGGGGGGGACGAGAGGACAGACGGACCCUUUGUUCAUUAAUCUUCGCUCUUUCAUCAGCUUUAGCAGACAUUUGAGAUGUUAUAUUUUUACUUAAAUACCCCAUUCUUUACAGGCAUGAAAACUUGUUCAUUCUCUGGAACUUUCCGUUUGAUAUAGGACACUGUAAAUAUGAUAACAUAGCUGUAUUAAACCUGUACCUGGAUAUUAAA